UAAAUGUCAAUAUGCUUUCUUAGCAAUAUUUGUAAAUAUAUAAAUUGUUUAAAAACACUUCAUAAUAUAUAUAUUUUAUAAACCAUGGCAUGCAAUAAAGAAAACAAAAGUGUUGAAACAAUUACCAGUGAUUUACUUGAAACGAAUAUUCUUGUAAACGAGGAACAGAAGAAGGUGAACGAAAUGUUAAAAAAUCGUUUAAGGAAGUAUAUUAAAAAAUUAGACGAAACAAAUAUGAGCACAAGCAAAGAAGAAAGUGAGAAGACCGAACUUGAGACAUUCAAACAAUUAUACAAACCUAAGCUUGAUGGUGAUGAGGAGACAUAUAAAAAAAUACCAAAAUUUUAUUUCAAACUCCCUCGGACCGAUGAUAUUUUAGCACAAAAACUAAGAGAAGAGACAAGAGCUCAGUUCUUGCAAAAGAAAAGCAAAGAAUUAUUAGACAAUAGUGAAUUGAAGCAUUUAUGGAGUCUGCUUGAGAAGUCCAAUGGAAGUUACAGCAUGGCUAACAGUGAUGAAUUAACAGUUGAUUAUUUACAAUUUAAGAAAAUUAGAGAUGAAGCGGGACCUAAGUACAGGCCUUAUUUCACACCAGAGGUGUUCGGUCGUUUACAAGCUGCUGAGGGUGGCAUUGGCAGGGUUCGAGGAGUUUCUCUCUUCAACUAUGUGAUGCGUCGGGUGUGGUUACAACAAACACGGAUUGGUCUGUCCUUGUAUGAUGUAUCAGGACAGGGAUACCUCACAGAACAUGACCUAGAGAGCUAUAUAGCAGAGUUGGUACCAUCUCUCGCUGCAUUAGAUGGUCUGGACUCAUCGUUCACAUCGUUCUACGUCUGCACAGCAGCUAGAAAGUUCCUCUUCUUCCUAGAUCCCCUGAGAGUCGGUCGGGUGAGGAUCAGGGAUGUGCUGUCCUGCUCAUUCCUUGACGAUUUGUUGGAGUUACGAGAAGAAGACCUGCCAAUGGAGCUCCAGGAACAGAACUGGUUCAGUGCGGCGUCAGCUCUCCGUGUGUACGGACAGUACCUCAACCUGGACAGAGAUCAUAACGGCAUGCUCAGUAUCAAUGAACUCGCUGGCUACGGCUCGGGCACGCUGACGCGCGCGUUCCUGCAGCGCGUGUUCCAGCAGUGCCUGACGUACGACGGCGAGAUGGACUACAAGACGUACCUGGACCUGGUGCUGGCGCUGGAGAACCGCCGCCAGCCCGCCGCGCUCGCCUACCUGUUCCGCGUGCUCGACAUCAACUCGCAGGGCUACCUCGACGCCUUUACCCUCAACUACUUCUUCAAGGCGAUUCAAGAACAAAUGGUGGCCCACGGCGCGGAACCGGUUAACUUCGAUGACGUCAAAGACGAAAUCUUCGACAUGAUCCGUCCGGAGCACCCGUCACGUAUAACACUCCAAGAUCUGAUCAAGAGCGGUCACGGACACACGGCUGUAUCGAUUUUGUUAGAACUGCACGGAUUUUGGGCGUACGAGAACAGAGAGGCGCUGGCGGCGGCUGGAGAUCACUCUUGACAGGGCAAGAUGGAGUUUACGAAGGAGAUUGACAUCAAUUUGAGAUAGAAAAUCGAAAUAAUGUCGUCGCUUUUUCUGGUUUGUGCGGCUUCGUCGCGCGUGAACAGUGUAAUAAAUAUUCCAGUCCCGCUGGGCAAAUUACACCGACAAAAAAGUUUAGGAGUUCAAUGCACGCGUCAUAGACAAAAAGACAAAAGAAAACCAACUUGUAUGACACAAGUUGGUUUUCUCAAUAGUUGUGAUGGAAACGGACAAUGAAAAAAUAAAUAUUCCUUACUAAUAUUAAAAAUGAGAUUCAUGUUUCACGUCUAAACGUUAUAAGAGAUACGUAAUAAGAGUCUUUUAAAAACUCGAAAGCGCUUGCGCAGUUUGGAGUAGCACUAACCUAUUAAUACAUUUUAUAGUAAAUAAUGAACAUAAAAAUUUACUUUUUAGGAAAAAUGUUUUAUCCGUACCGUACCGUAACAGCCUGUGAAUGUCCCACAGCUGGGCUAUAGGCCUCCUCUCCCUUUUUGAGGAGAAGGUUUCGAGCUUAUUCCACCACGCUGCUCCAAUGCGGGUUGGCGGAAUACAAAUGUGGCAGAAUUUCAGUGAAAUUGGACACAUGCAGGUUUCUUCACUAUGUUUUGCUUCACCGUUUACAUAAUCACAAAUUAAGCACAUGAAAAUUCAGUGGUGCUUGCCCGGGCUUGAACCCACGAUCAUCGGUUAAGAUUCAUGCGUUUUUACCACUGGGCCAUCUCGGUUUUUUUAUAAAUUUUUUCCAUGUUUUAUAAACAUGAUAAAUUAUAUUGUAUAUAAUGAUAUAUAGUUAUAUAGCGAGCGAUGUACAUAUGCACAUAAAUCACAUUAGAAAUAUUAUUUGUAAAAGAAUCUAGUUCAAGUUUAUCAUGAUAUUACACAAUGGUAAAUUAGAGGUAAAAUUUGUACAUUAAUGUUAGUUGAACUAUGAAAUGAAAGACUCAGUAUUACGUAUUUAUGAAAUUUUAAGAUGAAUUUCGUCAUCUAUAUAAGUUUUUUUAAAUUGUUUCUCCUUAUACUAUCUCUCAUACUACUAUUUAUAUUAAGAAAAUGUUCCGACAUUUUUUGUCUUCAUUCAUCUCUAUGUUAAGUCAUCAAACCGUCAAAUAUUUCAGGGUUACAUAGUGCAUUCAACAUUCGUCAAAGCGAUUCCUAGCUUCGUUAUCGUUUAAAUUAUUCAACUCAAUUGUUGACCACGUGAUAAAUCGAUUACAUGUAGUAUUUCCAUACAUGUUGGUCUUUUCUACAAACUAAAACGAUAUUCGCUAUGUGACCCUGUCCCAUUUUGUCCUUGCCCUGCUGGUCCCAUAUUUUAAGGUAUCUAAGAAAUUGUAAAAAUAAUAAAACAAUCAUUAAUGUAAAAGAAAUUAUUGUCAAUACUUUGUAAAUAACAAGAAAUAAAUGGUAAACAAUAAGAAUAUUAAAACAAUAACUAUAUAAAAAAAAUAUUGUUAAAUUAUUUGCAAUAAAUCCAUUGUAAAACUUAUUUUCUAAAUAAAACAUUUU